AUGUUAUGUCGAAGCUGUUGGCGAGCGCCUAGCACGGUGUUCACUCCGUUGAUGCGGAACUACGCUAUGCUGGCGAUCCCUGACGACGAUCACCACCAGCGGAUGGAUCUCCACCCUUGGCCCAAAGGAGCCCAACCCACCCCAAUGGAGAUCUUUGCCAUCACGACUACAGAUCUCAACCUCCCUCAACUUGACUUGAAUAAGCAAAUCAAAGCAAUGUACGCCAAGUACGUCAAGUUGUACCACCCGGAUGUGUCUAAGAACUUGGUGCUUAAAGACCACCGCGGGCGAGAGUUGUCUCCUGAAGACAAACGCGUACGGUUUGACCAGAUCCAGGAAGCUUAUGACAUUUUGAAAAAUCCUCGGCGCCGAGUGGCAUACCACCGUUCACAAACGACCAAAUGGGAUAAAGAUAUUCGCUUCGGUAACGGCUAUUCCGGCACGGGGGCACAUUUCACCUACGACCAACGGAACACAUUUCAUGCAUUCAGAACCGCUAACGCACACCGGGCUCAUUAUGCAUUUCACAGGGACGAAGCUUUCUGGACGGCGGGGACUUGGGACGAUUACUAUCGGAUGAAACACGGCCGCGAACCGCCCACGAUGGAGGAAAUCAACCGGAACAAAUAUAAAAUUCUUGCUGGGGUGGUAAUCGUGGCGGUGGCAGUCUUUGUCCUUGAAUUCUCUAUCGCAUGGGAUCGUACCAAUGAAAGCAUACGACAACGCAACCUCCAAAGUUUGAAGGCAAACCGCGAUUUGCAGCAAAGUUAUGACAAUUACGGUUACGGGGAUACCCAGUUACAGCGGCUUGAGCGGUUUUUGGUUUCGAGAAGAUCUCUGUUGGUCAAUGGGGAUAAGCCAGUUAACGAGGAUGAGCUCAGGACAAACGAUCACGAUAUUUUGACAAAAUACGCCCAGACUCAAGUCAAAAAAUGGGACAAUGAGCUUGAACUGCUGCAUAUCCGCGGCGAAGAUCCCGUUGACACCGCACCUACCAACUGA